CGUCAUCAACACGCGUCCGAAAGCGUUCGAAUGAGUCUCACGCGCUCGGCCGAAGAAGACGACGGUUGGAAGCUGUAGUAUGCCUUUCGAACUCUGCAUUUCUUGUACGAUGUCUCAGUCUGAUUUCUAAUUUGUGCGAUUUCGCGCCUCGUAAUGCCACACGUAUUCACCUGUGAACGCGUGCGUUCGCUGCUAAGGUCAAAGCGCCUUGUAUUUCUGGGAUGCUCAAACGUUCGAGCCAUUUACAAGGACCUAAUAUGUUUGUAUCAUAGGAAUUCGCUCGUCCCAAAUGAUUUGCUCAAGCAAAAGAUGGAAGAAAGUUAUGAUGGAGAUCACCUGGUAAACCAUGGCAAGAAAUACAACGGCAGAGGUUACCUCGAAGAGCGCAUAUUCUGCGAUCCAGAAGUAACGAUCUACUUUUACUUUCUGACCAAGAUCUAUAGCCAGUAUGUGGAGACGAUCAUGGCACGCAUGACUGAUGCACCACCGGACGUUGUCAUCGUCAGCUCGUGCCUCUGGGAUAUCACGAGGUGGGGACCCAGGGGCGUCGACGACUACAAGAAAAAUCUGCACAGAUUUUUCUGGAGACUUAGGUGCGUCCUUCCCCAGAGUUGCCUCGUGAUAUGGCUGACUGCAGCUCCACUGUCCCAAAACAUGCACGGUGGAUUUCUGUUGCCAGAGCUUGAUUUCCUCAAGUAUUCACUCAGAUUUCACGUCAACGAGGCGAACUACUUCUGCAAACAGACCGCUGCGAAGUACGGAAUUGACGUAGUUGACAUUCACUACUACCUUCGUAUGAUGAUUGAAUACCGAGCUGAAGACGGUAUUCACUGGCAUCCUGUGGCGGUGCGUCUUUGCACCAAUCUCACGCUGACGCACCUUGUCUUGUCAUGGGGCAAGCAACUACCUAACAGUGACAGCUUCCUUACUAUAAGCGAGAAACAAUAUGCUUCAAUCAAUGCCAAUGACGUGUCUGAGGAGGAAGGGGCAGAAUGCAGCUAUCUUUAUGAUGAAUUGUCGCAGAGCAAGAUCUUUGGAAGUGAAGUAACACCACAAGAGUGCUGGUACGAUGACGUCUUUGAUUAUGAAGAAUUCGCUAAGACACAGGAGACGAACGAGGGCGGUGCUCUUACCCAGUGCGCAUGCAACGACACCCUCGGGUAUGGACACAUCAUGGAGCAUGGUUACGAAGUCAACGAGGAAGAAAACGGAACUAGCGUUUUUCGCGACCCAUUGGACAGCGACACCAUUGAUAUUAAUGAUAUGAUCAUCGUAGAGGAGAUCAAUGAAAGCAGUACCAUUGCUGAGCAUCCUUACAGUGGCAUCUAUGGUGGCAAUGAAAUAGAAGAGGAACCGACUGAAAGUGUUCUGUGCACUCAGCCCGAUGACAUCGUAUGCCAUGAUGAGGAAAAGGUGCCCUGUGAAGACACCCUUCCCACUGAGGGCGGUAUCAUCGCGGGAAGUACUGAAAUGGUUGACACAGAGCAUCUUACGCAGAUUCCGGCGUAUGAAGCCCAAGGACCGGAACCAAGCAAGGACACUAUUCUCCCUGAUCGUGAUGUCAUCGGGGGUGAUGCUGACAUUCAUCAGACAGAGGAUGAACGCAGUCCUCCCAUGCAGUUGUCGUUCAGGGGUACCGCAUCCGAUGAGGAACCAUGUGAAGGCACACUUCCCGUUGAGAACGACGACAUCCUGGAUAAUACUGACGCGGUUGACACAGAGGCAGCAAGGGAAAGUGGCCCUCCCCCAGAGUCCUCAUUCUGUGGCAUCUUUGGCAGCAAUGAAAUAACUUUGAAAAAGGAACCAAGAAAGAACACUAUUCUCCCUGAUCGCGAUGUCAUCGUGGGUGAUGCUGACAUUCUUAAGACAGAGGAUGAACGCAGUCCUCCCAUGGAGUUCUCGUUCAGGGGUACCACAUCUGAUGAGGAACCAUGUGGAGGCACACUUCCCGUUGAGAACGACGACAUCCUGGAUAAUAGUGACGCGGUUGACACAGAGGCAGCAAGUGAAAAUGGCCCUCCCCCAGAGUCCUCAUUCUGCGGCAUCUUUGGCAGCAAUGAAAUAAUUUUGACAAAGGCCGUCGAGCAACGAAAGCCAAACGGGCGCCACAGGAGGCACGGACAUCGCAACCGCAAAGGUUCAACUUCACAACGUGGAUUGGGCCAAAUAGGGCAAGUCCCGGAGUACCGCCACUGCCAGCGAGGUCUGAAUAGUGGUGACUUCUGUGCAGACGCCUCUGGUCCACCACAGCCAUCCACGUCGCAAAGUUGUUUGCAUGAACCAUUUGCUAUAGGCUCCGAGUAUCCCACAGGGCGCACCGAACGAGGUGGGCGCGCCGGCCGUCACCCUGGUAUGGCCUGUGUUAGACCAGUGCGGGGCGCCCGAACUCAACUACGGCCUCCUGGGCUCGCUGCUGUUAGAGGCCACUAUGCGGACUUUUGGCGGUGCCGACGUGAUCGACGAUGGCUGCGGUUAGCAGAUUCCGUGGUCGCCGAAUCACCGGCGGCUGUUACAGAAGCAGUACCACUGCGACACUUACGGGGAAUGCUUGCGCACACUGCCGUCAAGCGACGAAAGCCAAACAGGCACUGCGGGUGGCGCAGGCGUCCCGGCAACCAAGGUUCCACUUCACAAUGUGGAUCAUGCCAGCUAACACGAGUCCCAGAGUACAGCCACUGUCAGCCAGGUCUGAAGUAUGGGAGCGGUGACUUCUGUGAAGACGCGUCUGACCCACCACUACCAUCUACGUCGCAAGAUGGUUUCCAUCAAACAUGUGGUCCGGCUUAAUUUAACUUUAGGGCAGUAUUCUUUUGAGUAUAACACGCAUAAAGAACAUCGUAAUAGAAACGAAUUUUACUAACUCAACUGCGUAAUGUAGCAUUUACAAAGCCACAACCAGUUGUGGCCAAAACUUUGCCUGAUGGCUCGGCGCUCUUAGUGGGCAUGCAAGCGUACACUGUACAAAAGUAUAUAAAUAAAAAUAAGAUAAUGUUUGUGAUGCUCA